UUCUGCGACAGAAAGGGUAACGUUGACAUCACAAAUGUGCUUCACAUACUAGAUUUAGAAAGGCUUCACAGUUGUUGCCAUGGAACUAUAAACUCUACACGUGGUGGAAGGGACGUGUGGGCGGGGCGCGCGUGCCAAAAUUAAGUCUAGGGAGACUUCUCGAGUCAGUCCACACUCAGUCGCUUCGUGGUUGCUAACGCUUUGUGACAUCUGUAUCCGGUUUCGUAUGUAUUCAAUUACAAAAAAAAACACAAAAUGACUCGAUGUUCUGUUCUUGAGUGCAAAAACAAUAGUGGUACUAAGAACUUAUUACGCUCAGGUAUUUCAUAUCAUCGUUUCCCUAGAGAUCCUCACAUAAAAGAGAAAUGGAUUAAUGCAACUGGCAGGAUCAAAUGGAUGCCUACAAAAUGUAGUAGCAUUUGUUCUGAACAUUUUGCAGAAAAUGAGAUUCUAAUUACAGAAAAGGGAUACAGAGUCAUAGAUCCUAAUGCAAUCCCCACGAAAAAAAUCAUGAGUUAUCAAGUACAGGAUAAAGUAAUGGCAUCCAACUCUUCAAAAACAAACAUUUUAGAGGAACCAGGGUCUAUUUCUGAGCCACCAACAAAGAAACCUUGUAUAAGCAUGGCCCAUUCGCUGAAAGACCCUGUUAAUAUCAUAAAUUUAAAGCCAGCUCAUAAAACAACUACGAAGAGUAAGGAAGCGUCUUCUGAAAAUAAAAGUACUAGUAUCUUGUGCUUGUCUAGUAACGUUACUCCGACAAAAAAGAAACUGGUUAGCAUGCUACGUUUUGCAAAAAGUACGAUAACUAAAAAGAAUUUGAAAAUCAAACGUUUACAAGCUCGAAAUCGUCGAUUGAAACAAAAGCUUGAUAAUAUGGAACAGCUUCUGAACACUUUGGAAGAAAAGUUUUGUAUUUCAAAUGAAAAUUAACUGUCUAAAAUAUACAAACGUGGAGGUCCAAGAACUAAUAGCUCGCCAAUUGACAUGUGAGGAAUCGGGCUUCAUAUUAUCAAAAACUAUAUAUAUAUAGAGGGGAAUUCUCCUAUAUCACCAAAUAGGAGAAUUCCCCCCUUCAAAACAUAUCACUGAUUCAAUAAAAAGUGUAAUAGACGCUAUGUCAACACUCAUCAUUCAUUAAAACUUUCAGUUCCAUUAUCAAAAAGACAGUUUCAUUUGAUGCAUUCAUUUUUAUAUCUGUGAAAUAAACUCACAGAUAUAUGAACAAUUCAUAUAUCUGUAAAUUAACUUUAAAAAACGCAAAUUAAUAAAAGAUUUUAUUUUUGUUUAAUACAGAAUGACUCCACAAAGACAUUAAAUCGAUAUAGAGCCCCAUAAAACUGUAAUUUACAGCAGAUAUCCAUGCAGCAUAUCUGAACUUACAGCUAUGUCAUAAAUAAUUUAGCCUAUAAUAUACACAGCUCUGCAUACUAUAAAAUUAAUUCUAACGCGUUUGACGCAAAAUAUGCAGUUCACAAACAUUUCGCUAUUUUAAAAAUAUGAUAUAGCGUAACUUGCCCACACUACAAAGAUGAGGCUAAAAGCAUUAACAUUCAUAUUACAAAUAUGUUGCUACAACUGAAAAUGAUGCAGGUAUUCGAAAAAUAUAAGUAGACUUAUAAUAAAUUCGCGCAUCAGUCUAUUGCAGUAACGAAGAGUAAACAGUUUAACCGAUAAAAUUUGUUAUUUAAUUUAUACCACUCAUUUAGCGAACUGGUAAGUUUGCAUCAAACUAAAAAUGGGUCUCACCCACUUCACACUAAUAACAAAAAUAACAUCAUAUUCAGGUCAAUUACUACAUUUUGGAAUUUGUAAAUAAAAACUAUGUUAUAGUGUACAAAAACUUAUAUUAUAUUCUUUGUACUACAAAUAAAUAAAUAAAUGUUAUAGAAAGUAUUUUUGAACUAUGUCACAGAUCUGUGAGUACCAUUGUGAAGUUGGUGAUACCUAUAAAAAAACAGGGAUUUCACAAAUCAGAUUUUAAUCGAAUCCAAAUAAAUAAUACAAAUUCAAAAAAAUUUAAAAGAAAUAUCUGUGUCAAUUUUUAUAAUUAUAUGCAAAUUGAUUAGUGGAGUAAAUUCACUGGUUAAGUAUAAAUAGGUACAUGAUAUUUUUAUCUACUGACAAUUUUACAUAACAAAAUGUGCAUAUCAACAUAUAUUGAUAAACUAAAGUUUAUAUGUAUGAAAUCCCAAUCUUCUUAUUAGCAAGUAAUCUAUAGGAACCACAUUUAAUUUUUCAAAAGUAGAAAAUUUCCUUCUAAAAUUCUAUACCUCUUAUUCAUGACACUGAGUUGCGCCAGAAACAACCUAAAGUCAAGAGUUUACGACACAGCUGUAUUCCAUUAAAUGUGAAGAAAACACUCACAUAUUUUACCAUUGAUUUAAAUGCAGAAAUAUGAGCAAUCGAGAAAAUUGUCCUUUAUCAAACUUUUAUAGAGAGCUGUUCCUGGCUAUGACAUUUAGAAGGCAGAGUGCACACACUACCUACAUUCACAUUAAUAUGCUUGCAAGAUAAUGGCGUAAGCUCAGUUAGCGCAACUUAAUCUUAUCAGUGACAUUCUAAAAUCAUAUAAUUUUCAAAUUUUCUAUGUGACCACAAUUUGUGAACAAAGAUUAAUAAAAUUGUGAUGAUACAUAGCUAAGCGUCACUUAUUAUGCAUUUCUAGCAAUACUAUUCACAAAUUAGUAUCCUAAAAUAAUGCUUACAUUUUCAGCAGUAUACUAAAAGCUGCAGUAUUAUUUUAAAGUUAAUGUAUUGCUAAAAAGACACCACUGCAAUGAUGCAGAAUUUUAUACAUCUUCUAUACAUAUGCAUAGACUUCAACAUACUGCAAAUGUUUCUACACAAUACUAUACAAAACUAUCGAACUAAAUAAUUACAUUCACAACUUUACUAUGCUCUUGAUACCAUAUGAAAUAAUUACAAAAUAAACAUUUCAGUCUUCUAUUAAAUAGUUCAAUAGAUCAUAGAAUUUAGAUCUUCUGAUUUACAUUACAGUAUUAUACAAUUUGUACAGAGUGCAAAAAUUGACAAAUAAUUAUGUUGGUUUAAUAUUACACAUAGUCCAAUCUGAACAGAUAACACAUUACUAGUCUUAUAAUCUCCCAUGGGAAGCCCUUAUCCAGUGGAUCACACAGUGGAUUUUUUUUUUUUAAAUUAAAGA